AUGGGAUUUUUGGCAGCCAUGCUCUUCAAGAAGUCUCUCCCUGCUAUUAACAACCAGCAAAUAUCGAUCGAGACCAAUGCUGCGCUAGCUCGAAUGAAAGACGAAACCGUCAAACUUGACAUAUCCAUCCUAAACGAAAGAGACAUGUUCUACACCUGGCCGGCCAUAUCACAACUCACAAUCCGUGUGUCGAAAGUCUAUGUAGACGUGCGCCUUUUUGGAAACAUGGUGCCAUACGAGAAACGUCAACAAGGAGGUUGUGGCGGUAGCUAUGGCUGUUAUACGUCUAUUUAUGCAUCGCUCAUGAGAUUUCUCGACCACGGCCCCAUGAAUGGAAUGGAGGAAGCAUCACGACAAGUUUGGUCUACAGAUCGUGGGAUUACCAUCGAUACACUUGUUCUUGACUUUACAUCAGCAGAAAGCGAGCUUCUAUUUGCUUUGGACAGCUUCACGCACGGGGACUGGGUUGGUAUUGAUUUUGAUCAUCAUAAUCCCCGGCCGCUCAAUGACCCUAUUCUGAAGUACAAAACCCGUCCGAACUAUAUAAUGGUUUGGAUACAUGGGAAGUUACUGCAACUCACUGAAAUGAACUUCCACUCUGCGCAAUUUAGAGCGAUUAUCUAUAAGCGUGUUGGAAGGAUCCAUACACUUGUUAAUGGGAAGCUGGUCUGUAUGGUUGAUCUUGAUAAUCGCUUGUCGAAAAUGGAUUUCUCCGAGACAGCACUUACUUGGGCCAUUUGA